AUGUCCAGGCACCCUGUCUUUCAUUAUAGCCCAUGGGCUGCUCUCGGUCUCCAGACGACGCAGCAUCCAACCGAAUCUGAUGUCCACAAAGCCUAUAAGAAGGCUUCGCUACAUUCUCACAAUGGUGAGCGCGCCCAAAUGGGCACGCCAUCUCACCGGUGGCCAACGAUCGAUCAUCUGAAAGACUCCAUGCAGUACUUUCACGACCUAAGGAAUGGCGGUUUUUCGAGCUUUCUAUAUCCGCCAAGCCGAUUCGAGCACUAUCCGCGAACCUUUGAACCACAACAUCCAGUCGGCGAUCCAAAAGUCUUUACUGAGUGCCAGACGCCUGGAUUUGUCGAUUGUCCUGAGUGUUACAUGACAAUACCCCAAGCAUUGGAGGAUCAACAUUUGACGUCACACUCGUUGCGAAAAUGCGGCUUUUGUCCAUGGCUUGGGUCAACAGAAUCUUUCGAAGCACACUAUGCGGAAAAGCACGCCUGCCACUGCGAUGUUGACUCCGCACUUGAUGCACACAUCGCAGGCCAGCAUACCUGUCUCGGCUGCGGGAAAUGCUUCGAGGACCUACAGAUGCAUCUAGAGUCUGUUCUAUAUUCUGUGGAGGGAACUACUGGCAGCUUGGCGAGCACAUUGCUUCCAUCCACACGUGCUCCUACUGCGCUCAAGAACACAGAGACCUAA